AUGUCUGACGAGGAAGACGACGUCUCCGACGACCUCGAGCCCGCAGACUUGACGACCACGCGGCGUCUACCCAGCCCUGGGGGCGUCGACGGGAUGCUAUGUGACAAGCCGUCGGAGAAGAGUGUGGUUUCGUCCCUUGCUGAUGAACAGCGGUCAUCGUUUCUCAUUCGGAACUUGAUCGAUCGGGAUCGCCGGCAUCGACAUCGUGAUGAUGGCGAUGACGAUGGGGUUACGGUUGACGUAGUGAGGGACCCUGCGUCGGUGAAGCAGUUGGAUGUGCACGGACUGUUGCCCAUGAGGAUGACUGAUGACGACCACAUGGCGCUGAGAUCAUCUAAAAAGCCACGAAAAGCACGCACAGCCUUCACAGAGCAUCAGCUCAAAACGCUUGAGAGGAGCUUCGAGAGACAAAAGUACCUGAGCGUCCAAGACCGCAUGGAACUGGCUGCAAAGCUCAACCUCACAGACACACAAGUUAAGACUUGGUACCAGAACAGAAGAACUAAAUGGAAGCGCCAAGCAAUGGUGGGCCUGGAACUAUUUCCCGCCACUGCGAUGGCGCGUUACCCUAGCCUGUGGGGCUCUUCCUCCUUCGGCACUUCAGCGCCACCUCCUACUUUCUGGCCAGGCUUCUCUUACAGUGGAUACCUCAGUGCGUUAAGCGGAGGUCUCCCCUCUGCUGGUGCACCACCCUCGAUGAGCAGCCUACAACAGACUUUAGCCUUGUAUCAAAGGUACGCCGCUGCUGGAAGUGGUGGAACUGUGCAGCCUUACUUUGAAGCCAACGGUUUAAGACCUGCGGCUCAACGUUCUGACGGACCUGCCAAGCAGACUUCAACACAGGGAGCCUCCAAUGAAGACACACAAUAGCGGUGUGACUUUGUGAAGUGCGCUCAUUGACUUCACUGUGCGCGGACAGAU